CUAUAUUAAAAAUAAAUAAAUUUAACAUAUCAAUAUAGGCCUACAGUUUGACUUAUUUUAUUAUGGUAGGCCUAAUUUUGGAAUCCCUCGGAAUAUGCAGUUAUGUUUCCUAACUGUUGGAAACAGCCUAAAAUCACGUGAUUAUUUGUUUUUAGAAAAUCAAUACUGUGACGUACAUCCUCUUGUUUAUGUGUAGGCCAGAAAUCAGAUGCUGGGCUAAUGGUAAAAGAACGAAAGCACAAUGGGAAAUACUGAUACAAAACUUAACUUUAGGAAAGCCGUCAUACAGCUUACAACAAAAACACAGCCUAUAGAAGCAAAUGAUGAAGCAUUCUGGGAACAGUUCUGGUCAGAAAGUGUAACAUGUGUUCAGGAUGUGUUUACUUUAAUACCGGCAGCUGAAAUAAGAGCACUGCGUGAGGAAUCCCCCUCUAAUCUAGCCACCCUGUGCUACAAGGCUGUUGAAAAACUGGUUACUGCUGCUGAAACAGGAUGUCCUUCACAAAGAGAACAGCAGACAGUUUUGAACUGUGUUCGCCUCUUGACCCGUAUACUUCCCUAUAUAUUUGAAGACCCUGAUUGGAGGGGAUUCUUUUGGUCAACUUUACCAGGUCAGGAGGAAGGGGAAGGUGACAGUCCUCCACUAGCCCAGUCACUGAUAGCUGCAACAUGUGAUUUAUUAUUCUGCCCUGAGUUUACUGUAGCCACAACAAGGAAAUCUGGACCAGAUAAUCCAGAAGACAUGGGAACAAUCGACAGUUGUGAAUACAUUUGGGAAGCAGGUGUAGGAUUCGCACACUCUCCACCACACAACUCAUUCCAUGACCAAAACAGGAUGGAGCUUCUGAAGCUUUUGUUGACCUGUUUCUCAGAGACCAUGUACCUUCCACCAGUGGCUGAUGCCCAUGUGACACCUAACCAGUGGAUCCAGUUCUUCACAUCAACUGAGAAUAGACAUGCGCUUCCCUUGUUUACUUCACUAGUAAACUGCUUGUGCUCCUACGACCCUGUGGGCUAUGGUGUACCCUACAACCAUCUCAUGUUUACUGACUCCCGUGAGCCUCUUGUCGAGGUGGCACUGCAAGUGCUGUGUGUGACCAUGGAGAAUGAUUCCAAUGCCCACCCUGUGUCUGUGGAUGGGACAAGUGGGGGGACAGCUAUGGAUCAGACUGGUGAGGGUGGUGGAUCAGACAAUUUAUUUUUGAAUUACCUUUCCAGGAUACAUAGGGAAGAGGAUUUCGCCUUUAUUUUAAAAGGCAUUACUCGUUUACUCAACAACCCACUCCAGCAGACCUACCUGCCAGGAUCCUGUAAAAGGAUACAGUUCUAUCAGGAGUUGCUGGUCCUGUUUUGGAAGAUGUGUGAUAUCAACAAAAAAUUCAUGUUCUUUGUUUUAAAAAGUAGUGACGUCCUGGACAUCUUGGUACCAAUUCUCUACAACCUAAACGAUGCCAGGGCUGACCAGUCCAGAGUUGGUCUAAUGCAUAUUGGUGUGUUCAUCCUCCUCUUACUGAGUGGGGAAAGAAACUUUGGUGUUCGUCUCAACAAACCCUACUCUGUUCGUGUACCAAUGGAUAUCCCAGUCUUCACAGGAACUCAUGCAGAUUUUUUGAUCAUUGUGUUUCACAAAAUCAUUACCACAGGUCAUCAACGUUUACAGCCUCUAUUUGACUGUCUGCUAACUAUUAUAGUCAAUGUCUCACCUUAUCUAAAAACUCUUUCAAUGGUUGCCAGUACUAAACUCCUCCAUUUGCUAGAGGCUUUCAGCACCCCCUGGUUCUUGUAUGCCAGCGCCACUAAUCAUCAUCUGGUCUUCUUUCUGCUGGAAGUCUUCAACAACAUUAUUCAGUAUCAGUUUGAUGGCAAUGCUAACCUUGUGUACACCAUUAUUCGCAAGAGGAAUGUGUUCCACCAGCUGGCCAACUUGCCGAUAGAUCAUUCAGCCAUAGCCAAAGCCAUGACAAAAAGGGGCAAGAAGUUUGCCGCACCCCCUCAAGAUACAAGGGAUCCCCAGACCAUGGAGGGGGCACAGCCAGCACUGGAGGCAGAACCAGGGACUCUCAAGGUUUCUUUAGCAGCCACUCCAAGAAUUGACAAAAUGACAGAGAGAGCUGCCCCUGAUGAGAACCACCACCAGCCAACACUGAAGGAGUUGGCGGAGUCUGUACAACCAGUCAAUGAGAUUCAGGAUCCUGUGGGUGACACAGACACCAGCCAAGCUUCAGAGAAACCAAUUAAAAAGUUGGAGAAGAGCAAUAGUGUGACAUCUCAAUCACCACCAGCAACAAGUCCAACACCAUCAGAAUCUGGUCGUCCUCCACUAGCAAAAACAGCCAGUACUGCAGGGCAGUGGGUCGCCUCCCCUGAAUGGGUACAAUCAUGGAAGCAAAAGUUACCACUGCAGACCAUUAUGAGAAUGCUACAGGUUUUGGUGCCACAAGUAGAAAAGAUCUGUAUUGAUAAAGGUUUGACAGAUGAGACAGAAAUCUUGAAGUUCCUCCAACAUGGUACAUUAGUUGGCCUGUUGCCAGUUCCACACCCAAUUUUAAUCAGAAAAUAUCAGGCUAACAGCGGAACCACUAUGUGGUUUCGUACUUAUCUGUGGGGUGUGAUUUACUUAAGAAAUGUGGACCCUCCAAUUUGGUAUGAUACAAAUGUUAAACUAUUUGAAAUUCAACGUGUAUAAUAAUUAAUGGCAUUUCAUCUUAAAGCAUGCGAAACAUUCUAGUCAAUUGAUCACUGGAUGUUUCAUGAGUUAUCUCCACUGAUCAAUCAUCCAUUGAUUGUCUUGUCUAUUUUUAUUUCUUGUAAGUCAUAAAUUCUUAUUUAUUGCAUA